AUGGCCGGCAAGGCCAGCAAGUCUGGUUACACGGAGCCAGAACCGUCCGCUACCGAGCCGCCAUCCACAGCUGCGCCCGAUCUCAGCUCUGGCAACGCAGACCCUGCUCUCAAGGCCGAAGACAUUGAAGCGCUUGCCAACGAAGCACACGCAACGUCUCCUCAACCCGAGACUGUGGCCUCCACCGCAACCAAGCCAUCAGCUGCAGACGCAGCUCAGGAUGAUUCCGUCUCUCGCGGCUCUUCCGAGUCUGAUGACAAGGCUGUCACUUCUCCUCCUUCCAAAAAGGUCAACGGUAGAUUCAAGAAGGGCAGCAAGAACUCUCGUGGCAAGUUGGCUAGCUCAAAGCGCAGCAGCGAGGAGAAUGACACGAACGGCCACGACGACGCCGCCGCCGCGGAUGCCUCUGAAGAGGCUCACCAACCACCCGGCAUCACCGAUGCCACCACCGAAGCAAAUGAAAGUGACGUGCCUAGUGUGAUCAAUCAAUCCGCCGAAGUCAUGGAGGCCGAUGGUCUCCAAGCUGCUGAUGCGGAGCCAAGUACAGACUCUGUUGACAGCAGCGCUCAAGCAAAGAGCAUCACUACCAUCAAAGAGCUCUCACAGCUCGGACUCAGUUCCUUUGGUGACGGCGCUGAGGAUGAUAUUGUGGGACCCCGUCGCUCCCGCCGUGGCCCAGGAAUCUCGCCGGAUCCGAAAGCGCGCGUUCUGAAAACCGAGCCCGAUCUCGAUGCAAACACAUUACAGCGCGAAACAACACCGGCUGGAGACGAUGCAGCUGAGGAUGCCGCACUGGCAGCCCAAGGUGAUGCCAUUCAUGCCACGCCAUUGGAACAAGACACCAAAGCAGAAGUCGAGGACCCAAUAGCACUAAAAGAGGUAGCUACGGAGGCUCAAACAGAUGGAGAGCUCGAAUUCGAGGACGAACGACAGAACGCGUCUGCCGACGAAGCCAAGCCAGAGUCGAAAAUACUGACAGCAUCAAACGAAGACGAUGGCGAAGGCAUCGACGCCAACUAUGCAAACGCCGAUGACCACGAUGGCGAUCUGGGCGGCGAGGAGGCUGGUGACGAGGGCGUUACGCGAUGUGUCUGCGGUAGCGCCGAUGAGAACGUUGGCCUGAUGAUCCAAUGCGAAACUUGCAAGUGCUGGCAGCACUGCGUCUGCAUGGGCAUGCAGGUCGAAGAAGACUGCCCCGACGUCUACUAUUGCGAGCAAUGUCGCCCCGAACUCCACAUUCCGCUGCUGCGUUCGCUCGGCCUGCUCCCCAAGGCUUCAAAGAAGGGCACGGGCAAAGGCGGCACGAAGUACUCGGCGCGUGAGCUUAAGGAAGCCAAAGAGGCGAUUGCUCUGCUGGCGCAAGAGAACGCACGCAGACAACAAGCUGCUGAGGCUGCUGUCGCCUUCAGCUCACGUGACAGGAAGGCAAGCCACCACACGCGCAGCGAUGCAUCCAAGGAGGUCCCAAAGAGCCCAAAGAGACGCAGUACGAUGAACAGCCGUGAUUCCGCAUAUGGCGGCUGGGAGCCGAUCCCACCUGGCCUUCUCGCGGACGGCGAGGUCUGGGAUGGUGUAGAUGACAAGAAGGGCGGCAAGAAACGCAAGCGCGGUCUACCAGAAGACCACCUGGACAGCGCUGCCGGAACCCCGGAGGCGGGUGAAGGCGCUGCCGAUGCUACUUCUGCUUCUGAUGCAUCAAAGCGACGUCGCGUAAGCGCAGGAGCCGCCCUGGACCAAGAUGGUGAUGCUGAGAUGGACGAAGAUGAAAUGUCUGGGGCUGUGGACCAUACAGUCGCCGUGUCGCGCGACAAAAGCAGCAAGAAAAAGAAGGGCAACAACCAGUAUACAGUGCGUGAAGCCUCGGUCGCUCAUGAUGCCUCUGCAUCCAAGCCUCGCCAUCCAAACCAGUACACGUAUCGCAACAAGGAUCGCAACGGAGCAGCGACUGGUGCUCCGAACGGCCAGAAGACAGGCUCGAGCUCAACAUCAAACCUCACCUCGCAUUCACCGAGUCCUAGCCCAAGCAAAGGGCGCGCAGAGCAUGCACGUCGUGCAGCUGCGAGGGACGCUGGAAGUCAAGUGGGCACGCCUGCUCCGGGAGAGUCUGGCUAUGCAGGGCGCAGUGGGCAUGGUACUGCAGCAACGCAAUGGUCCCUCCCCGAGCAUCUCACGCAUCUGGCUUACUUACUCCCGCAAGCAGGCGGCUCUCGACAAGACUCAUCCAGGUCUUCCGGCCCCGCCGGAGAGAGUGGAUUGGCAAACGGCAGCACAUCUGCUAGCAAAAAAGGAUCGGUGUCUGCGAGUGGACAGACAAGUUCGGUGCCCUCCCCACCGGCAGGUGCAUCGUUUCCAACUCCUUUCCAGGUAUUUUCUUCGAUCGAGUCUUCCACCAAAGUGCGCUUCCCCAGUCGUCGAAUGACGAUGGGUGAGAUGCGAAAGCGAGUGCGCAACAUUGGCGAGUACGUGACGCGAAGCCAGAUCGAGGCGGUGGAGCGUGAGAAACGCAUGAAACUGCUCGGCAUUGUGCCUGUGUAUAUGGACGAGACGGACGAGGACGCCGAGGAUGGAGCUGAGGCGAUGCACCGCGAUGUCAAGAAUGCCGAUGCUGUCAACGCGGGCGGAAUGACUACGGAGCAGCACGCCAACCUGAUGGAUGGAAACGCGGAAGCGACAAAGGCAGAGGCACAAGCGAGGUUGGCCAAGCUGCCGCUGAGCAUGCGCUUAAUGGAGGAGUUGACACGAGAGCUCAUUCACUUCCAGCGGAAGUUUGGUGUGGGCCCGGGCAGCUACGGCAGCCUUGGCGUUUCGCACCAGUCUACGACGGUUAUUUGA